CGCCGCGGGCUCUGCAGUUCGGACUCGGAGCGCCACCGUCGCCGCAGUUCCCUCCACUCUGGUGGCCCCACGGCCCUGCGGGGAGUCCGGGGGGUCCUCGGGCCGCUCGGAUUUGGCACAAGGCCGGGCCCGCCUCUCCCCCUCCGUGCGGCCUAGACGGCCGGGGCAGCGGGGACAUGGAGCCUUCUCCCGCCACCGGAGGCUCGGAGACCACCCGCCUCGUGGGUGCGGGAGAGCGCAGCGGCGCCGGCGGCGGCCUGCGGUUGAAGAGUCUUUUCACAGAGCCCUCAGAGCCCCUUCCUGAGGAGCCCAAGCUUGAGGGGAUGGCCCGCCACCAUUGCCAUAAGAACGCCCAGGCGCAGUCAGGUCUCUCUCCCGAGAGGCUGCGAGCUCGGAGGCAACUGUAUGCUGCCUGUGCUGUGUGCUUAAUCUUCAUGGCCGGGGAGGUGGUUGGUGGGUAUUUGGCACACAGCUUGGCCAUUAUGACCGAUGCCGCUCACUUGCUGGCAGAUGUAGGCAGCAUGGUAGCCAGCCUCUUCUCCCUCUGGCUCUCCUCUCGGCCAGCCACCCGAACCAUGACCUUUGGCUGGCACCGCUCCGAGACUCUGGGGGCUUUGGCCUCUGUGAUCUCCCUCUGGAUGGUCACCGGCGUCCUGCUGUACCUGGCCUUCAACCGUCUGCUGCAUAGUGACUACCACAUCGAGGCGGGUGCCAUGCUGCUGACCGCGAGCAUCGCUGUCUGCGCCAAUAUGCUAAUGGCCUUUGUGCUGCAUCAGACUGGGCCUUCCCACAACCAUGGAUCUAGGGGUAGAGGAAUGGCCUUUGUGCUGCAUCAGACUGGGCCUUCCCACAGCCAUGGAUCUAGGGGUAGAGGGUAUGCGCCACUGGAGGAGGGGCAAGAAUACCCCCUGUCCCUGGGAAAUACCAGCGUCCGGGCUGCCUUUGUGCAUGUACUGGGAGAUCUCCUUCAGAGCCUGGGGGUCCUGGUUGCCUCCAUCCUCAUCUACUUCAAGCCUCAGUACAAGGCGGCUGACCCAAUCAGCACUUUCCUCUUCUCUAUCUGUGCCCUUGGGUCCACAGCGCCUACCCUUCGAGACGUGCUCCGCAUCCUCAUGGAAGGUGCCCCUCCCAGCAUGGGGUUUGAACCUGUAAGGGACACACUGCUGUCAGUGCCCGGAGUCCGAGCGACCCAUGAUCUCCACCUGUGGGCCCUGACACUUACUUACCAUGUUGUCUCUGCACACCUGGCUAUUGACUCCACGGCUGACCCUGAAGCUGUCCUGGCUGAGGCCUCAUCGCGGCUCUAUUCCCGGUUUGGAUUCUCCAGCUGCACCCUGCAGGUGGAGCAAUACCAGCCUGAGAUGGCCCGGUGUGCACACUGCCAGGAACCCACCCAAGCCUGAGCUUCGCCCCACCCCUCACCCCACUGCCAGGCCCAGACUCAGCCAUGGACUCUCAGCACCUGCCUCCCCAUCACAGAAGGGACCAUCUUCUCUCCACCUUCCACCUGCCAAAUGCCCCAGCCCCCGCCCCCCGUGGUCAAGACCAAAGUGUGUGUGUGUGUGUAUGAGAGGAAGUCGGGGGAGGGGAGGAUCAGACUGAAUAGUUGGAAGCAGUUUAGGGGUGUGGGAGCCUCACCAUCCACGCUCCACGUGGCUUCGGAGAGUCAUGCUUUCUGUGAAAUUCAUGUGUCCUUGUGGCAGGCUGGCCGGCUAGCUGGGGACAUCUGCCUGCCUGUGUGGUGUUCGUGUGCCUAUGCCCGGGGAGGUCAUCAGGGGCCCCCUCCCCACGUGAUCCUUGCUCUGUCUAUGCAGGGGCCCCAAAGUCUGCACUUUGUUCCUGUGUCCCAGCCCUGUGGUUUUGUCUGUUGUGUGUGUGUGUGUGUGUGUUCUUUGGUGCUGUGGCCUUGUGUGUCUUUGUACCUGUGUGGCUGUGCUGGUCUCUGAGUCUGCUCUACCUGUGUAUCCACUAAGGGGUCUGUCUGUCCAUCCCUCUGUUGGUGCUGUAUCCUCGGCUUCCCCCCAGUGGAGGGGAGGACCCCACUGCAGCUCCACCAAUAAACUUGUAUCUAACUGCA